AGCAUUUUUGGGCCAUCUUGAUCAACGGCAAGAUGGUCAGCUCAUCUACGGCGGCCACGAUGAAGAGUCCUAACCAUGUCCGCUCAACCAGCUUGCCUUCCAGGUCGCAUCCCCUCGCUCAGAGAGUCGAGGAACAGCUCGGCAAAUUAAGAGCUUGGAACACACUCUCAUCAUCGUCAUCAUCAUCAUCAUCGUCGUCGUCCGUCCAUCCAACAUCCGAGAUGUUAUGUGAAAGCUUGAAUGGCCUCGUUGACUUGUAUGAUUGCGUUGGGGAUUUGCUCGAAUUGCCACUCACCCAACAAGCAUUGGUCCAUCAUCGGCACCAGAAAUGGGCCGAAGAAGCAUUGGAUGGAUGUCUUCGAAUGUUGGAUGUGCGUGGCAGCGCCGGAGAUGUUUUCAUGAAGAUGAAGGAACAUGUCCAAGACCUACAAUCAGCUCUUCGCAGAAGAGAACCUGGUGUUGGAAGCAAGGUCUCGACUUUCCUCUCUUCCAAACGGAAGAUGAAGAAAGAUAUAAAAAAAUGCCUUAAAGCAUCGAAGAGAACAGAAAACCAAUCCACUCUCUUUCCUCUCUUGGGCGAUAAUCAACAUCUUGGGGUGGUUAUUCAUGUCCUCAGAGAAGUAAGGUCGAUCACCAUCUCCGUCUUCGAAACCAUUUCAUCCUUCAUGUUAGUGUCAAGGCCAAAAAUUACAUUGGUUGGAAGGUCCGUGGUCUCAAAAUGGAUGGGCAUGCAGCGAGUAGCAUGUGAAGGAGAAGCGAAGAAAAUGAGUGAAAUGGAGAGGGUUGAUGCCACUCUCUACUCCCUUCACAGCAGCAAUGUAUGCAAGGAUAUCGAUGCCGAGAGCAUGCAAAUUGCACAAAAACAGUUGGAAGGAUUGGAACUAAGCAUCCAGAGUCUUCAAGAUGGAUUGGAUUGUUUGUUUAGGCAUUUGAUUAAAACCCGAGUCUCCCUCCUCAAUAUAUUUAACCACUAG